UCAGUCUUGAGUUUCUUCUACAACCUACUACAACAAAUACUUCUCAUACAUAUUCGAUCAUGUACUUCAUGGCAUUUAUUAACCUACUUGUGCAACCGGUCGUCGCUGCUGCUGCUGCUGCUACUACUACAGCAUACAGAGGCUACCCGACCAGUGGUUGCGGUUCACCAGCCCCUUGCAUUCCCGGUACAUUCAUCAACUCCACCAUUGAGACAAACAACGGAUCUCGAAAAUUCGGCAUCUGGGUUCCGGAAAACUACGAUUACACUGUCGAAACUGGAUUGAUCUUCUCUUAUCAUGGAGCGAACGGGAACAUCUCGAACCAGCGCGCGCUAGAUCAACUGACAAAUCCGGAGUUCAACACAGACUACAUAGUCGCCUAUCUUCAAGGUGUCAAAAACAGCAAUGGAAGUACGACAUGGCAAGGCGCCCCAGGCGCCCCUGCCGACGACAUUGCCUUUACCAACACUGUGCUCGACAAGAUCCAGUCGCAAUUCUGUGUGGACAGUGACCACAUAUACGCCACUGGAAAGUCACAAGGUGCAGGUUUUGUCGGCCAGCAACUAGCCUGCAAUUCUAAGCUUUCCGCUCGAUUUGCUGCAUUCGCUCCCGUUUCGGGUGCGUACUACAACGCAAACAUCACGGAAGAAAGCGACUGCAAACCCGAAUCAAUGCCAGCCCCAUGCUCCCCCAGUCGAACAAAUAUCCCGAUCCUAGCCUUUCACGGCGGUGCCGACAGCACCAUCAGCUACCACGGCGGCUUUCGGAAAGGCGCUUGUCUACCCGACAUCCAGUACUGGGUGCGCCAGUGGGCACAACGCAAUGGCUUGCAAGCGUACCCGUCAGAUGUUCAUAUCCCUGGCAGCGACGGUGGCUUCACACGCACUUAUGGUAAUGGCACGGUAAUGCUUGUCUACGAUGGCGACAAUAUCCCGCACGACUGGCCAGCAAGCUUCAACAACUCUGACAAUGCUGGCCAUCACCUGACAUCGUUCAAUGCUACCACGUGGAUAUUGGGCUUCUUCAACGACCACAGUCUAAGAAAGUAGAUUUCAAUAUCUAGUGAAAUUGUGUUCAAGCAAACGUCACGAAUCAUUUCGAUAAUAUGAAUGUUAUGAAUGCUAGGAAUGCUGAUAUCUCGGCUCAUGCUGGUCACAUUGCGGACUUAACGGAGAGGGAAAGGUGACGUGCCUGCAAAAGCGAAAUCAUUAGAAACAGCAGGCAAUGUAAUCUUUCGGGAAAUGAUUGGUAGAGCGCUCAUCUAUG